AUGAGAGGACUCAUAGACAGUGGUGCAAUGGAGGUGGCUCCGCCUUUGCCUGCAGGGAAAGAAUGCUUUUACUUACCUCUCUUUGGAGUUUAUCACCCGCGGAAGCCUGACAAAAUACGCGGUGUAUUUGAUUCGUCCGUUAAAUACAAGGGCCUAUCCCUCAAUGGAGUACUGCUAUCAGGACCAAACCUGACCAAUGAACUACUGGGAGUCCUUAUGCGCUUCCGUAUGAACAGAGUGGCCUUUAUGGCAGAUAUAGAACAGAUGUUUUAUUCAUUCCUGGUCCGAGAGGACCAUAGAGAUUUUCUACGUUUCUUCUGGCACAGAAACAAUGAACCGUGUGAAGAGUUAAUUGAAUACCGAAUGCGGGUGCAUGUGUUUGGGAAUACACCCUCGCCGGCGGUAGCAACAUAUGGCUUACGCAAGACAGUUGAAAAAGCGGAAGUUGAGGUACAGAAUUAUGUUACCCGAAAUUUUUAUGUUGAUGAUGGGCUCAUGUCUGUGGGAUCAAGUGACGAGGCCAUAAAUCUGCUUCAAAAAACGCAGCAAGUGCUGAAGGACGAAGCCAAGAUCAGACUUCACAAGAUAGCAUCGAACAGCGUUGAAGUAAUGGAGGCUUUUCCCGCGGAAGAUUUAGAAAAGAAUCUGAAGUCGCUCGACAUUGCGGCUGAUGAGUUACCAAUCCAACAGAACCUUGGCUUAGCAUGGGACAUCAAUUCAGAUAGUUUGAAUUUCAGUGCACGCAUCCCAGAAAAACCGUUUACAAAAAGAGGUCUUCUGUCCAUAAUUAACAGUUUAUUUGAUCCUCUUGGGUUUAUCGCACCUAUAGUCAUACAUGGUAGGAUACUUUACAGGGAGAUAUGUGAGGACAAUGAUGACUGGGACGAACCUCUACCCAAUGAUCGUGAAGAAGAAUGGACUACAUGGAAGCAAUCUCUACAUGCCUUGGAGAAUCUGCGCAUUCCGAGGAUGUAUACUCCAGUGUCCUUGAGUUCUGCUUCCUCAAGCAAAGUUCAUGUUUACUCAGACGCCUCCGAAAAGGCAAUUUCUGCGGUUGUGUACUUGCAGACAAUUGAUGAUUUAGGUGAAGUCAAUAUUGGAUUUGUCAUUGGGAAGUCGAGAAUAGCACCUAAACAAGGAAAUAAUAUUCCACGCCUUGAGCUUUGUGCUGCUCUUCUAGCCACGGAACUAGCUCAGACAGUAUUCCAACAGCUUGACUUAAAUCAAGAUUCUGCAAAAUACUAUACAGACAGCAGGGUCGUUCUAGGAUACCUACAUAACCGAUCUCGUCGAUUCUACAAUUAUGUCAGCAACCGGAUCAACAUGAUACACAGGCGAUCUAAACCAGAGCAGUGGACCUUUGUUUCCACACAGGACAAUCCAGCUGACAUUGGAACUAGGUGUUACACAUCUGUUGAGGACAUGUCUCAAAGCGAUUGGCUCAGAGGACCGAUACAACUGAGGUCUGUAGAGAAGGUAGAGGACAAAAGCUUCCCCUUAGUCAAUCCAGAUGCAGAUACAGAAAUACGACCCAUAGUUUGUGUCAAGAAAACAGAGGUGAAGGAACAUUUAGUGGAUAGAUUUGAGAAGUUCUCCUCUUGGACAAGAUUGGUGAAUGCAGUCUCAUAUCUAAAGAGAUUUUGCAGAAGAAAAGCUGAGUUUUCUUUGCACAGUAUUGAAGAUACUCAGGAAGCAGAACGUUUCAUUAUCAGGGAGACUCAGAGAUUCUGGUAUGGAGAUGAUAUGAAGAGUUUACAGGAGAAGAAACCACUUCCCUUGAAAAGCAAUAUCAUUGCUCUUCAUCCUUUUGUAGAUAAUAAAGGAAUUUUACGUGUUGGUGGACGUCUAAACAAAGCACCCUUCACUAUAGAUGAAAGAAAUCCUGUCAUUCUUCCAGGAAAAUCCCACAUUGCCAGACUUCUCAUUACUCAUCUGCACGAGAAAGUGUAUCAUCAGGGUAGACUCAUCACGGAAGGUACAGUGAGAUCCAAUGGCUUUUGGAUUAUCGGAUGUAAGCGCCUUGUUAAUUCCAUCUUGUACAAAUGUGAAGUGUGCAGGAAACUUAGAGGGAAGUUAGAAUUUCAACAGAUGGCGGACUUACCACCUGACCGAGUUACAUCUGGACCUCCAUUCAGUUCAGUAGGGGUCGAUGUAUUUGGGCCGUGGCCAGUAGUGGCACGACGAACUAGAGGGGGCCUUUCCCACAGCAAAAGAUGGGCUGUGCUUUUUACUUGUAUGAAAACAAGAGCAAUACACAUUGAGAUCAUUGAGGAGAUGAGCAGCUCAUCAUUUAUUAAUGCCUUACGCCGAUUCAUCUCUAUUCGUGGACCUUUGAAGGAAAUCCGUUCCGAUAGAGGAACCAACUUCUUAGGAGCCCUUGAUGACAUAAAGGCUGAAGCUGUCUACACUGAAAAGGGACCUAUUCACAAUUAUCUUCUUGAGAAUAGGAUAACUUGGACUUUCAACCCCCCACAUGCGUCACACCAGGGCGGAACCUGGGAAAGGAUGAUUGGAGUGUCACGAAAAAUACUGAACUCAAUGUUACUAAAUGCGAACACAAAACAACUCACUCAUGAAGUCUUGUGCACAUUUAUGUGCGAAGUUUGUGCCAUUGUAAAUUCAAGACCCAUUUGCUCAAUAUCAUCUGAUCCAGAAAAUCCACAGAUUAUCAGCCCUUCGAUGUUACUUACUCAGAAGGAAUUUCCUGAUAUUCAUCCUGUUAGCUCAUCUGACAUGAAGGAAAUAUACAGGAAACAGUGGAAACAUGUGCAGUGCUUGUCGGAUAUCUUCUGGAAGCAUUGGAGGAAUGGUUACCUCCAGCAACUCCAAGUGCGACGUAAGUGGCAGACUGAACGUCCUGAUGUAAAGGUUGGUGAUGUUGUUCUUUUGCGCGACAAAGAAGCCCACCGUGGACAGUGGCCACUUGGACUGAUUGUGAAUGUCUUUAAAAGUGAGUGUGACCACAGAGUAAGAACAGUUGAGGUGCGCAUUAUCAAGGAUGGUGUUAUUGAUGGAACACACCUAAGACUGAAUGGUAUUCCUGCCAAUGAUAAUGAUUACAUAAACAAAAAAGGGUAUCCAUCUUUACAACUCCAAGUUGUCGUGCACAACUUGAGAUUAUUCACAGAUACAUAUGUAGGUUGGCCGGGGUCAACACACGAUGCAAGAGUGUUCAGAAAUUCUCCAAUACAAGAAGACCAUCGCAUCAUUUUACCUAAUGGAUUCAUUAUUGGUGACUCAGUAUAUCCACUUAAGGAGUAUUUGAUGACCCCUUUUAGGGAUACUGGCCGAUUGGCACCAGCACAGCGACAUUACAAUCAAAAACUGAGCAGUUGA